UAUAUACAGGGGGUACCAGUACAGAGUCAAUGUGGAGGUUAUAUACAGGGGGUACUGGUACAGAGUCAAUGUGGAGGUUAUAUACAGGGGGUACCGGUACAGAGUCAAUGUGGAGGUUAUAUACAGGGGGUACUGGUACAGAGUCAAUGUGGAGGUUAUAUACAGGGGGUACCGGUACAGAGUCAAUGUGGAGGUUAUAUACAGGGGUACCAGUACAGAGUCAAUGUGGAGGUUAUAUACAGGGGGUACUGGUACAGAGUCAAUGUGGAGGUUAUAUACAGGGUGUACCGGUACAGAGUCAAUGUGGAGGUUAUAUACAGGGGGUACCAGUACAGAGUCAAUGUGGAGGUUAUAUACAGGGGGUACCGGUACAGAGUCAAUGUGGAGGUUAUAUACAGGGGGUACCGGUACAGAGUCAAUGUGGAGGUUAUAUACAGGGGGUACCAGUACAGAGUCAAUGUGGAGGUUAUAUACAGGGGGUACAGAGUCAAUGUGGAGGUUAUAUACAGGGGGUACCAGUACAGAGUCAAUGUGGAGGUUAUAUACAGGGGGUACCGGUACAGAGUCAAUGUGGAGGUUAUAUACAGGGGGUACCGGUACAGAGUCAAUGUGGAGGUUAUAUACAGGGGGUACCAGUACAGAGUCAAUGUGGAGGUUAUAUACAGGGGGUACCGGUACAGAGUCAAUGUGGAGGUUAUAUACAGGGGGUACCAGUACAGAGUCAAUGUGGAGGUUAUAUACAGGGGGUACCGGUACAGAGUCAAUGUGGAGGUUAUAUACAGGGGGUACCAGUACAGAGUCAAUGUGUGGGGGCUAUAUACAGGGGGUACCAGUACAGAGUCAAUGUGGAGGUUAUAUACAGGGGGUACCGGUACAGAGUCAAUGUGUGGGGGCACCGGUUAGUCGAGGUAAUCGAAGUGAUAUAUACAUGUAGGUAGAUUUAUUAAAGUGACUUAUGCAUAUAGAUAAUAACAGAGAGUAGCUGCAGUGUAAAAUAAGGGUGUGGGUAGUCCUUUGAUUAACUGUUUAGGAGGUUUAUGGCUCCUCUCCUCUUGGAUCUAGACUUGGCGCUCCGGUACCGCUUGCCGUAGGGAAGCAGGGAGAACAGUCUAUGACUAGGGUGGCUAGAGUCGUUGACAAUUUUUUUGGGCCUUCCUCUGACACCGCCUGGUAUACAGGUCCUGGAUGGCAGUAAGCUUGCCCCCAGUGAUGUACAUGCCAAAUCUUUUCAGUCUCCCGAGUGGGAAUAGGCUUUGUCAUGCCCUCUU